CCAGGACUGGAGAGAGAGACCGACGUUCCCUCUGGGGAACACGCGCUUCCUCCCACUCCUGAUUGCAGGUCGCCUCCUUGCGCACAAUGAAAUUCUUCCCGAGAGUACUUUAGCAUGCUGUGUCUCAGCUACAAGAUCAGGAUGAGUAACUCCGACCUCACGGGACUAUACCGUACUAUACAAACAUGGUUAAAGAUGGGGUCAAAAACUCGGAGACGCUUGGUCCUAACCGCCAGCUCAGUGGGAGCAUUCUGUGCGCGUGCGUGGCGGUGGCGCGAGGGGCCGUGGAGCCUCCAGAGGCCGCGCACGCGCAGAAAGGGGGCGCGCGCCAGGAGGAGGGACCGGUACUCCAGCCUUGUCCUCUCCCAGUCCAGGGCGUCUCUGCAUUUUACCACACCCAGCCUCUUCCAUGCAGCCCGCCGUAGCUCCGCCCCAAUGGCAGUCUCUUCUUUUCCCCUGAGGCCUCGAGCCUGGCCACGCCCCCUCGCCCGGAUCCCUGUGACGUCACCGAGACCUACGCGAGGCGCGCGGCCGAGAGUUGACGGACGGCCCCUGGUACGCCGCUGAACACCUCGGGGCCGCGGAGAUGCUCUCCGGGGCGGCCGCCACGUCCAACCCGCGGCUCGUCAGUCAUGUCUUUGGUGCUUGAUUCAGAAUAUGUCCAGAUACAUCACAGACAUUAAGCCUUUGCCGCCCAACAUAAAAGAUAGACUGAUUAAAAUAAUGAGUGUACUGGGACGGAUAACAGAUUCAAAUAUAAAUGAGAUUUUACAUCCCGAAGUCCAAACUCUGAAUCUACAGAGUUGUGAUGUCUCUGAUACUGCUCUCCUGCACCUGUGUAACUGCAGAAAACUGAAGAAACUAAAUUUAAAUUGCUUAAAAGGAAACAGAGUUUCCAUAACUUCUGAAGGGAGGCAGCAGCUACACUUUAGUGUACACCUUUGUGCUUCAAUGUUACCCAGACGCAAGCAUUUCGGUACUGUUACGCAGCAUCAGUUUGACAGGUCACUGCUGUUAUGUGGUGAACCCGGCAAUGGACUCGGACCUCUCUGAGCCACAGGAGGCUGGAGUGGUUGCUGAAAUAAAAAAGUCUCAACUUACGUUUUUCCCUCAAAAUUUCCCUCUCCUACGAGUAGGUCCUUGUACUGUCCUAAGAGAAUUUUGUUGUCUGGAAGAACUUGAGAAUUCUAAAUAAAAUUCUUUCUAAGCAAC